AUGUCACUUGUAGACGAGGGUGAAGGUGCAGGUGUAGUGUUGGAUGAAGACUCGUCGCUGCUUGACGCAACAUUGCUUGUCGGCAUCACCGACGGGGUGCUCGAAUGCAUAUCCGCAGAAGAAGUCGCUGUGGCUGCGUUAUCUAAAAUUGUUGGAGAUAAAGUACUUAAUGGGUCUAGCAUGGAGCUGAAUAGCGCCGACGAGUCUGGUGUGGUCUCUGAGCCCUCAGUAAUCAGGCUGGAGGAUGGCUCCACAGAACUAGCCUUGCUGAUAGAGGAAGUCGGUGUGAUAGACGAUACUUCUGUCGUAGAUACAACCAAGGAUGUGAAUAGAUCUAGCAGUAUUACUGUUGAUGAGCUGAUCGUAGCCGAAGAUGGCACCGGCGCAGAGGUGCUUGUGCUUGGUGUGAUGGCGAAAGAAGACAAGACGGAUAGCAAGAUCGCGCUCUGCGAUACGGACAUUGAGGGACCUGCUACUGAAAAUGACUGGAUGAUUGUGGUAAUGGUCAUGGUCACAGCUGAUUCAGCCAAUGUCGAACCUUCGUCUGACCAAGUCUUUGUCGAGCUUAUGGCAGACGAAGUGUCGGCUGAAGCUCGCGACAACGACAUUCCUGUUGAACUCGAUGAGCUUGUUGAAGACUUAAUCUUUGCGGACGAAAGAGUCGAGCUUUGA